AUGUCUCUACAGAGCCAAAAAAAGACGAGCGACACUGAUAUCUGCUACGGAUUACAUCCGAGUCACUUGGAUGAAUCAAAGCGGAUUCACUACUGCGCAUGCGCUGAAGAGGUUUGCGUCAAGCGCGCCAAACAUCACGAGCACAGUAUCUGCGUGCACUGCUGCUCUACACCAGAUUACAUUAUACGUGCAAAGGAGCUGAGCGGUUCGGACGGGACUGUCAUCCGUCAGCAGGACACGUUUUUCAAAGUUCCCACAGGACGCCUGAAACUCAGGGACUUCCAGGAUGGUACUGGACAGUUGAUCUUCUAUGAGAGACCAGAUACAGAAGGACCAAAGCUGUCAAACUACUCGAUAACCCCUACCAACGACCCACAUGGGCUUGUCAAGGUUUUGACGGAUGCACUUGGUCAAGUGGGGCAGGUGAAGAAAGAGAGGAGGCUGUACAUGGUGGGACAAACCAGGGUGCAUGUUGAUUGUGUGGAGGGCCUGGGGGACUUCAUGGAGCUGGAGGUGGUGAUGAAAGAGCAGCAGAGCAGAGAAGAAGGAGUGUCCAUCGCCAAUCAGCUCAUGCUGGACCUGGGAGUGAAGGAGGAGGACCUGAUAGAGGGAGCCUACAUGGAUCUCCUGCUGAAGAACCAGCUAAAUGGACAUGCACCCUGACCAGAUGUGUCUACUGUACUGCACAUCUACAUAGCAAUCUGUCAAUGAUAGACUUAUUAACCCUAACACUGCUUACUCUGAUAUAAAGACAUACAUUUUAUUGAUUUUUUUUUUUACCUUAAGCUUACUUUCUCUUUUUGUACUGCUACACAGAAUAGUCUGUUGAGAUUAAAAGCAUGAUCUGAAAUAAUAAACAAUGUGCAUUGGUCAA